UAGUCAGAGGAGUUAGGUGAGAGGUAUACAGCACAGAUAAAUUUAGUAUGAGAGUGACUCUGUAUUCGUAGCCAGAUGGUGGAAAACUCGGAAGAUUCAAGAACGUGGGCAGGAGAGCAGGUUAAGUCAUUGCGCACAUAAACGCAGCAUCCAGCUUUGGAUCGAAAAUGAGGAUAGAGAAAGUAGGAGGGAACAGAAAAGGGGCUACUGUCAGUUGCCUCAGACACCUGAGUUUCAGUGAGGAAAAGAAGAUGAAGUUUAGAAGAGAAGAGGUGGUGUUCUACAGAUUGAAAAUUAAAUCUUAGACCGCGAAUGUUGCAGAAGUUAAUGAAGAAAAAGUUGAGGGGGGGUGUCAAGACACUUAGGGUCGUCGACAGAAAGGCAGUCCGACCUGGGGACAUUUAUGGUCCCCUCCCCAGAUGGGACUCCGAGGAUGGUGUAGGAGUCGCCAUGAUGAUUUUAAAAUUUUUUGAGUGAAGGGUGUGUGUGUUAUUAGGUGCUUGUAGUUUUGUGUGGAGGAAGAGAGUUGUCUUUAGAGGGCAGGCUGUGACUGUCCCCUUGUGUUGUGAGACACAAAGGGAAACGUUCAGUGAGGUCACAGCUGGGUUUAAUGAUAAGUUCACAGCACCCCCUGAACAGUGCUUUAGACCUCACUGGGAGUAAUUAUCGUUUCGGCAGGUGUCUACUGCCUCCUCUAAUUGCGGGGUUGUGUGAUUACAUUAUAUCUAUUAUACAUCAUGCCCGUAUUCUCUCAAACGUGUUGGCGGCUUGUCUUGUCUACUAACAUGGUGUGGUAGUCAUUGGCGUUUUCAAGGUUAUUGUUGAUUUGUUAUUCUAACAGUAGUUUGAUAAGGAUUUACGUCAUCAAUGAGGGAAAAAAAAAAAAAUCUGUCAGAACCCGACUAGCCAUCACUGUGGUCUUUGAAAAUAGUCCUAAUAAAUGUUUGAAAAUAUACAGAUCAUGGUAUGUUUUGUAAAUUUGAUGUAUGCUCUUCAACUUUGCCUAUUCAAUUAAGCGUCCUUGGCUUAAAUAGAUACAUUAAAAGUGGCCGUAGAGUGUUUAUUCAACUGGCGAUCUUAAUAUUAUGCAUUCCCCUUCGUUACGUAAGGUUGGCUAUCUGUCUGUCCGUGUGUCUGUCAGUCUGUCUGUGUGAGUGUGUGUGGUGACAUACUAAGGGGGGGGACAUAAUAUUGAUUCGGUAGUAUCGGAUGGCCUCUCCAUAUUUCCGCAAAUUACUGUAACUUGUGAUGAUUGACAACACCAUGGUGUUACGAAAAGAGAUAGCCAUGUCACUCUUCUCUCCCCGGAGACUCUCACGGAGAUAUUUUGUUCAUUGCUUAACGAGAGAAAAAAAGUUAAAAUACAAUGUUUUGGUAUGAAGUCAGCGCCAGAUUGUAGCCCCGCGGAAGAAUACACGCGCCAAAAUAUACUGUUUAAAUUAUCUCGCAUGGGAAUGGUUGUAGUACGAUGAAUGGAGGAGAAAACCAAAUCGACGCAAUGAGUGAGCGUACAGAAAUAUAAGGAAGGGAUGGGAGAUUACCCCAGGGUGUAUAACCCGAGGGCAGGCCACCCACGGCAGGACAGCAGACGACACCAAGUCACGUGGGGCUCCAUGGGUCUGUUGUCACUAACCUCUCCUCAUUCUGACAAGACGUAAUUCAAUCACACAUAAAUAAUCACGUGGGAAACGCCAAAGGGCGACCUACAUAUGACAUAACUUUUUAAAAGGCCACCCCAUAACAAAGGCUCGACCUGAUUUAAACGAGCGACAGAUGAACAGACUUGUAUCGCGCCUGCCUAGAGCGGAAGAUAAUAUAUGAAACAGUCAUCGAUAGGGUAAUAUAGUCAAAAGGGCAGCGAUGAGACAUGUGGGUGUCGCCGGCACUAGGCUGGAGUGGACGCGGAAGAGCACUGUCUGGGGAAGGAGUACCGCGGCCGUCAUGUCGGAGCUACGUUGAAGCAGAAGAUUAUUCAGGAAAAUCGUAAAUUUCCUUGAUUAUCUGCCCACAGUGGCGGGUCCUGAGGCUCCCGCGGGCAGAGGAGAGACUCAGGCAGGCGGGAGGCAAAGGAGAAAGGUUUCACGUGAGAAAUAACGAAACUAUAAGGGAGAAGGUGAGGCCAGACAGCCGGACGAAGGGAGAGAAAAAUUUGGAGAACGGAGAAAAAGAGGGAGAGAACGAGAAGAGGGAGAAGAAACAGUGAAGUUAAGUGAACAAAGACACGAAAGGGAAAAUAAACAGGACAGUGAGUGAGAGGAAAAGCACUUGAAUGAGGUGCAUUGAAGGAGGAGGAGGGACGGGGAAGAAAAAUAAAUAUUGAUAACCUUCAAGAAUAACAUCGAGUGUGAACGAAGCUGAAUGGAAGGAGGAGGCACGGAGAGAGGAAGAAAGGGAGAGAGAAGACGAAGUGCUGAAGGAUAAACAAGACGAUACAGAAAACCCACAUACGAUAAGAAAAUAAUGUGGAGGGAGAGGGAGGAGAAGAAAAACACUGACUGAGGAGGAAGGAAGGAAGGAGAGACUGACAGUGAGACAGAAAGAAGUGCGAAGAAAUAGACACACACACAAACAGACACAGACCGACUCCCUCGUAGACAAACAAAAAACGUGAAUGAAUAAAAACAACACGUAGGGGAAAAAAGAAGGAAGGAAAGAACGAAAAACGGAGACAGACGCAAAAAAAAAAAUAAUAAUAAUAAAGGACCACAUUUAAAAAGCUGAUUGAAAAACCAGAGUACAGUAAUCAGAAAAAAAAACAAAAAAAGAAAGAAAAAUAAGAAACUAGACGUCGCGACUUGAGCUAAAACGGGAGAAAGGGACUAAGAAGAGAGAAAGAGAGAGACAGACAGACAGAGGUAGAGGAAGAGAGAAAGAAAGAGAGAGAGAGGGAGGGUGCAUAGGCCCUCAAGCCAAGAUGUCCAUGCUUCCCUUCACGCCGCCUGUAGUAAAGCGGCUCCUGAGCUUCAAGAAGGGCGAGGGCGAGGACAAGUGGAGCGAGAAGGCCGUGAAGAGCCUGGUGAAGAAGCUGAAGAAGAGUGGUGGCUUGGAGGAGCUGGAAGGCGCGGUGGCAGGACAAGAUACCUCCUCCCGCUGUAUCACCAUUCCUAGGUCGCUGGAUGGGCGGCUGCAGGUGUCCCACAAGAAGGGUCUGCCCCAUGUCAUCUACUGCCGGCUGUGGCGCUGGCCGGAACUACAGUCUCACCACGAGCUGCGCGCCCUUGAACACUGCCAGUACGCCUUCAACCUCAAGAAGGAGGAGGUGUGCGUCAAUCCUUACCACUACACUAAGAUAGAGGCCCCUGCGUUGCCAGCCAUCUUGGUGCCCCGGGGCAGCGGUAGCAGCAGCAGCGGCAGCAGCAACAGUGUGGGUGGGGGGGGUGGGGGUGGAGGUGGGGGUGUGGGCAGUUCAAGCCCAGGCUCAGAGGAGGACCUGGGCUCUCUGGCCGACCUCACCACCGACAGUGUGAGUGGCGACUCAACCUCUCUGGACGUGGCCCCAACCAUGGAGCCACCCCCCACCUUCCCCCCGACUGAGUCCCCCCCUCCAGGUUACAUGAGUGAGGACGGUGACACCCUGCCAGACAUCACAGACUACCCAGCAGGCAUGAUACCCACGUCGCCAUCGCCGCCCCUUGAUGCACAGCCGAUCACUUACUGCGAACCUGCCUUCUGGUGCUCCAUCUCCUACUAUGAGCUGAACACAAGAGUAGGAGAGACCUUCCACGCCUCGCAGCCUUCCCUCACUGUGGACGGCUUUACAGACCCCAGCAACAGUGAGCGAUUUUGCUUGGGCUUAUUGUCCAAUGUCAAUCGCAAUCCAGUGGUGGAGCAGACACGGCGUCACAUUGGCAAGGGUGUGCGCCUCUACUACAUUGGCGGGGAGGUGUUUGCCGAGUGUCUCUCCGACUCCUCCAUCUUUGUGCAGAGCCCUAACUGCAACCAGCGGUAUGGGUGGCACCCCGCCACAGUGGUGAAGAUCCCACCAGGAUGUAACCUGAAGAUCUUCAACAACCAGGAGUUUGCCCACCAGCUGGGCCAGAGUGUGAGCCAGGGCUUUGAGGCCGUCUACCAGCUUACACGCAUGUGCACCAUUCGCAUCUCAUUUGUCAAGGGUUGGGGUGCAGAGUACAGAAGGCAGACGGUCACCUCCACUCCUUGCUGGAUAGAGUUGCACCUCAAUGGACCACUUCAGUGGUUGGACCGUGUGCUGACACAGAUGGGCUCCCCUUGCCUACCCUGCUCCUCCAUGUCCUGAGUGCAUGGUGUGUUCAGCAGCAAUAGCAGCAACAGCUGUGUGGCCAGACCCUCAGGAACAGUGUGGGCAAGAUGGAGACAUUGCUUGCUUGUGUCUAGUGGUGUGGCUGACAAGCUGGAGUGCCUCCUCCAAGUGGGAGUGUGGUGGAGCAUCAUCAUCCAUUAUAGUUCAGUGGGAUGUGAAGUGUUGGUGGGAUUGUGUAUAAUUUGGUCCACUGUGAAAUAGAAACCCACACACAUGAUGAGUGGGCCAUGCCAGGGUCCUGGGGUGGACAGACUGUGUGGCACCCUGUUGAGUCCAGUAUGUUGAACUCAAAGUUUGUGCAAGUGUUGCAGUGCAGGACCUUCCAGAGAACUGACUUUGGUCUGGUAUUGUUUCCUCUUGGCCUGCUCAAGGAAGGAGGGUUUGGUGGCAUCGUAGAGGAAGUCUUGCUGUCAGUCAGCUGUGGGCAAGAUAGUGGAGAUACUGUUAUUCAUGAAUCAUUUUUAUAUUGCAUUUUUGAUCAUUUUUAUAGGUAUGCUUUGUGCCCUAAAGGAGAUAAUAUACUCAGUUUUGUCAUACAUUAAGUAAAUUUUAUGUUACAAGUAUUUAUAACAUGGGUUAUUUUGGUUUUUAGUUUUGAAUUAAAAACUGAGAUUUAAUUAAUAUACAUUGCAGCAAAUAGAUUAUUUAAUUUUAUUAGUUUUUAUUGUUAAUUAUAUGGUCAUUAUUAUUAUUGUUAUUGUUGUAUUUUUAUACGUAAAAAUGCGUGUGUUGUAUUAUUUACACAGUUUGAGGUUUUGAGGCAUACUUUUCACAGAUGUACCUUGAAUAUCCUUGGCAGUAAAUGGAGUCUAUUGAGUCUAUCUUAAUCUUAAGAAAACCGCGUCCAAGGGUUUGUUUUUGACAGUGUUGUGACGAGGUUGUAUGUGUGUGUGUGUGUGUGUGUGUGUGUGUGUGUGUGUGUGUGUGUGUGUGUGUGUGUGUGUGUGUGAGAGAGAGAGAGAGAAAGAAGAUGCCCGCUGACAACACUCAAUUAUAAACCUGUCAUUGUGUUAGUCAUUUACUUACUGGAAGCAACGUAAGUCAGGCUUUAGACUUCAUAAUCACCUUGUGUGUUGAGAAGUGUGGUACAGGAGUAUGUGUAUAUACGUACAUAUUUUUAAGACAGGCACACACUCACUGCUGUCGGUAUAUAAUUAUUUGUGGUAAAAGUAUUAUUUGCAUUUGCUCAGUGUUUUUAAAAGGGGAAUAAAGCAAGUCAUGUGUCAGUAUUAACCAAGAUGAGUCACUGGGAAUGCUGUGGCCAGCCUGCAGUGGGUGGGUGUGUGGUGUGGGGCUGGUCAGUUGAUGUCAUGGGAUGUUUCAUAAACCUGGUGGUCAUUUCUCGUUUUCAGUGAGAUCAUUUCUGUUAAACUGACAACAAAAAUAAAUGUAAAUAGUC